AUGACGGGCUCCAUACCUAACUUUCAAUAUGGAACCAUCGGGGACGGCUUUGGAAGAAUGAUCGACUUAUAUUACAGGAAUCUGGUCGAAUGCAUGAGGUAUCUCUUGGGUCAACAUUGCAACAAGUCGAGCAUGUGGAAUACGCAGGAAAGACUUCCUACUGGGGCCACAAUUGUCCCCAUUAUCUGCAGCUCCGACGGCACGCAUCUGACAAACUUCUCCGGAGACAAGAAGACCUGGCCAAUAUAUAUGAUGAUAGGCAAUAUACCGGGAAAAGUACGAUCCAAGCCGUUGACCAAGGUGCAUUUGCUACUCACAUUAUUGUCAAUACCCCCUAAGAUAAUUGGCGACGUGACCUCAAAGGGGAGACUCCGGUCCUGGGUGGUGGAGACACUGAGGAGAGUCAUGUCAGUUAUACUGGAGCCUCUGCUGCACUUUGACCAAAGGCUCGGCAUCAAUGCCAUCGGGGUGCUGGAAGCUGGGAUUGGCGAUGGUCCACCAAAGCAAGACCCGCCCUACUGGCUCUAG